AUGGCCGAUCUCGUCCAGCCAACUCCAUCUAGAGUUCCUGUUGAUACCGCCCUCGAGAUACCUUCCGAUCAAGAUGGCGCAGGGUCGGAGAAGAACAUUGUCACACGGAUGGCACGUUUUCGAAAGAACCCUUUCAAUUUUGCCCAUGAGAUCUCCCUCUUCGUUCGCGGCGUUGGCUGGCGGGGUUAUGACAACAUAAUCGGCCAACCAUGCUUUUAUUCGGGAUACACCGCCAAACUAAAGUCGGCAACCAUGGCUUCCCCGAUCCUGAGACACAGACUUGUUGAGAUGACCGAGUCUCGAUUAAAAACUGAAGAAGAAGAGGCUCUGCUUGACCCAUCAAGUCCAACCUAUCUACAAGACAGGGAGAAGAGAAGACAUGAAAUCACCGCUCAAUUGAUUGGAAUUACGGGUGAAAAGCUGGACUAUAUGAUGUGCAAAAUGGAAAGCAAGCCAUAUAUCAGAAGUGCCUUUUAUGGUGCCACACAGCUUCUCACCAGAAUAUACAGCGGCAUUCACAUAUCUGAAUCCGAGGUAAAGAGGCUGAAAGAGGCUGCUGCCAUAGCUGCAGAAAGAAAACAGUCCAUCAUAUUUUUGCCUCGUCAUACCAGUCACGCGGACUAUGUCACCUUGCAGCUGGUCUGUUACCGUCUUGGUCUAACACUUCCAGUCGUCGUCGCGGGAGACAAUCUCAACUUUCCUGUAGUCGGUGGUUUCCUGCAGAGCUGUGGCGCCAUGUGGAUCAGAAGAAGCUUCUCAGACGACCAACUCUAUGGCACUCUCGUCCAAGCAUAUCUUGAUACCAUGCUUCAACAGGGAUAUAAUUUAGAAUGCUUUAUCGAAGGAACCAGAAGCCGCACCGGCAAACUGCUGGGGCCACGCUUCGGAAUUUUGAGCUUCCUUCUUGAGUCACUCUUAUCCGGCAGGACCCAAGAUGCAUAUAUAUGUCCUGUCUCCUUGCAGUAUGACAAAGUCGUCGAAGUCGAUUCCUAUGUCAGUGAACUGCUUGGAACCCCAAAGCAGAAGGAGAAUCUAGCGGACUUCAUUUCUUCUUCAUCUGUCCUAUCUUUGAAUAUGGGCCGCAUCGAUUGCAGGUUUCAUGAACCCUGGAGUCUAAGAGAUUUUAUCAAUGAGCAACAAGCCCGCCAAAACUCCUCGAGCCAGCAGAGUCUGACCGACAGUUCACCUGAGUCUGAGACUCGAACCAGGCUCUUGAGAACUUUGGGCUACAAAGUCCUCUCGGAUAUCAACUCUGUUGCCGUGAUAAUGCCGACGGCGUUGGUAGGCACUGUCCUCUUGACAUUGCGUGGGCGAGGUGUCGGCAAGUCAGAAUUGAUUAGAAGAGUCGAUUGGCUUGCUGCAAGAACAAAGGCAAAUAACGGAAAGGUUGCAGACUUCCAUGGUGUGCCUACAUCAGCCAUUGUGGAACGUGCGCUAGAAGUACUUGGUCCCAAACUGGUUGGCACUGUCAAUGGUUUGGCUGAGGAGACUUAUUAUGCUGUAGAUCGUUUUCAACUAUCAUUCUACCGCAACAUGACCAUUCAUCUCUUCAUCUCGGAAAGUUUUAUCGCAGCUUCGUUGUACACAAAAGUCAAGCAGGGUGGCGGCAAUGCAAAUCAAAGCAUGGAAGAGACAGAAUUGAUUGACAAGGUCACCUUCUUGUCACAGCUCUUCAGGGGAGAAUUCAUUUUCCCUGUUGGACAGGGGUUGAAGCAUAAUCUCGAGGCUGCUGUGCAAGGACUCACCCGCGAUCGAGUCCUUCAGAUCGCAGAAAGAGACGCUCAAAGGGUGGUUGGUCUCGCAGAUGCGGAGCGCAAACUUGGUCGGGAGAAUUUUGAUUUUUACUGUUUUCUUAUCUGGCCGUUCGUGGACGCUGCUUGGCUUGGAGCGGUCUCUCUACUAUGUUUGGUGCCUCCCCCCGGAUCGUCCAUCUUUCGGAUUGACAUGGCAAAAGCACAGAGUAUGGCACAGCUGGCUGGGAGGACUUUGUACCACCAGGGCGAUUUGUCAUAUUUCGAAGCGAUCAAUAAGGAAGCUCUGAAGAACGCAUACAGUAGAUGCCAGGAGGAAGGUAUCAUCAUCGUGACUAAGAGUGAGAGCCCCAAAGGCGGACCAACAGUACAACUAGCUCCCGACUGGAUACCGGAAAGGGACCCUGCAUCAGGCGAGCUACGCGCAUCUGGAAGACUGUGGGAUUUUAUCGAGAAGAUUGCGUUAUACAGACGAGAAGGGAAAAACAGACGAGAUGGUGCCGCAGUCUCGACCCGUGUACUUUUACUGGCGUCAAAGCUGAAUCACCAGCUCUUCCAAGAUGCAGAAGCGUCACUGGCGCCAGAAACAACCACUCCGAAACGAGAAAGACAGAGAAGGUCGAGACUCUAG